ACGAGCGGCGCUCGACGUUCGGAUGAAUUUCGGAUAAAGACGCGUGGUCAGUUUGACAAUAUGCCGAGUUUACGUGCGAUUUGCGGCGUUUAGCAUGUAACGCGAGAGCAAGAAUGAUGAUCGCGUUGCACUUGUUGCUGACGGAUACUGCGGAAAUGCACGACUCCGAAAUGCCAUCCACGCUGCCAUCUUGAAUCAGCUGUCAAGCAGACGAUACGCAGCGUUUAGCGCAUUAUUUGAAUUCUGGUGGGACAUGGAAAUAUCUGAAGACGGUGUACAAAUAAGAAAUCAGCCAGCAGACUUGCUCUCAGUGUACAAUAAGCAGAAGAACGAUGAACCCGAAGCCGAUAUUAAUGAAGUCGAGAUAAUUACAUCAGCGGGACAUUUUUGUGCUAUCGAGAUCAGAGAGUCCAAGAACUACAAUGAGAAAUCAAUUGACAAGGAUCAGAGUGAGGCAAAUGAAUUAAACGCUUCAGAAUCCACUUUAGGAAACAUACAACAUACUGAGAACGGUGCUAUUACUAAUGUAUUAACUGAUCCAAUUUAUUUAGACACUUUAGACUCCGAUUCUAUAAAUAUCGAGUUUCAAAAACAGCCAAACACAACAGAAGUGUUUAUUCGAAACGAUGAACAUAUACAAACGACCAAUUACAAUAUAUCUACAGUAACGAUACCAAAUGAACUCUUAGAUGGACUCAACAUCAAUAUAAAAAAAGAAGAUGAUGAGGAUCAUGGCACAUUGUACACUGCAGAAUGGUUAUGCGAUGGCAAUAAUGACGCCAAUAUACGACUAAGGAUCUUGAAAGAUGCUAAACAGAAUAUACAAAUUCCCGUUGAUGUUGACACCAACGAUGUGAUCGCACUAGCAAAACGUAAGAGCCAAUUAACAGAUGGUAAAGAUAAUCUUGAACAGGAAAAGACUAAAGUAUCCAGAAGAUCAAAGAAACACAUCAGGCUAAAGUCCGCCGCGCAUCAUCAAGAUUACAGGGAAAGAUUGAGAAAAAAGGCUGAGUGUAUGAGAGAGAAACGGAAAAAGUUAUACGAGCAAGAGAGCGAGGAGCAACGUUUGCAGAGGUUGGCAAAGGAAGCGGCGAAGAGACGCGAGAUGAGAAUGUAUUACGAGACGCCGGAGCAACGGAGAAAACGACUUGACGCUGAAGCAGCAAGAAAAAGAGAAUACAGGAUGUACAAUGAGACGCCGGAAGAUAGGAGAAAGCGACUGGAUCGCGAAGCCGAGAGAAGAAGAAUUAAAAGAUUGUCAUUAUACGCAAACGAAACGCCAGAACAGAGAAGGGAAAGAUUAAAUAAAGAGUCAGCAAAGAGACGAGAGGCCCGAUUGAAUCAAUAUGCUAAAGAGACAGAGGAAGAAAGGAAAGAAAGAUUACGAAGGGACGCACUGAGAGCCAGGGAAAUGAGAUUCACGAGAUCCGCCAUCGAAACGGAAGAGGAGCGUAGGCAAAGGUUAGUAAAGGAUGCCCUUAGAAAAAGGGAGGUAAGGAUGCAUGGGGGCCAUUCAGUGAACAAUAAUUUUACGGAACUCCAAACCGUUCGCAAUUUUCAAGAAUUGAACGAUGUGCAGAUAAGGGACAAUCCUGAAAAUCAAUUGGACGGCCAUUAUCUGAGCAACUGGAUGAUGUGGUUUCAAAAUACAUUGACACAACCGGUUCACAAUAGAGAGCAGGUCGCAGAGCCGCAACCGCAGCAUAAUAGAUAACUUGUGUUUUCUGUCAUGAGAAUACUUUGAAGACUUUUAUAUGUGAACGGUACUGAUAAUAGAGACCAAUCUGGAUAUGCUUUAUAUAUGCUUCCCAUACAAUUUUUGGACGUGGAACGACACAAAAAAUCGUAACGACACAAUUAUCAUUACGCCAAUUAUUAUUAAUAACAUUACGAGAUUUACAAUAGCAAUAGCUAAGAGAGUUAUAAAUUCGUGUUAGAAACACUAUUUUAUAAUAUUUAUAAACGCGAAAGAGCGAACAUUAUUACAUUAUUAUGCUAUCUUGUCGAUAUAAAAGGAAAUCGUAUACUUGUUCACAUUUUAUCAAAAUGUUGACGAUAGAUCAAUUAAAAAAAAAAUUAAGCAUUUUCCAGUGUUUGCGUAAUAUUCGACGAUUUAAAUUUUAAAUUUUAAAUACUUAAAGAUUUUCUGCUUGUAAAAGAAAUACAUCUUAAAGUAACACAGUGGUUACUCUUUGAUAUUAGAUUUAAGUGUGUAAAUAAUUUUGCUGACAUGUUGAUGCAUGAAAGAAUGAGAGUUGUACAUUGGAAACAAACAAGAGAAGCAAUUCUUGCCAGUGCCUUUUAUUCAUUGUUCAACAAAAUAAACAUUCAGACUGAUUCAUUAAUACAUAUGGCAUUUGAACAUGAGUGAAUGAUUCUGGUGAAAGUUUGACUGUCUCUUGUGUCUAUUUGUACAUAUAAUUACUAUGUACUUCUUUCUACAGUUCCUUUGUAAUAAAUAAAAUAAUAAAUUGUGUUAUAA